CCCUGUCUGCACCCAAACCCUUACACCCAACCCCCUGCCUGUACCCAACUCCUUGCCUGCACCCAAACCCCUACACCCAAACCUCUGCCUGCACCCAAACCCUUGCACCCAGCCCCCUGCCUGCACCCGACCCCCUGCCUGCACCCAGCUCCCAGGCAG